UGUUGCAAGGUAACUUCCUCCUGCAAUCCUGUGUUUUCCUGCCGUCGUGGAUCGGGGUGCGAGUUGCGUGAACCUCUCGGCAGCGCUAACGUGUGAAGAACAAGAAGAACAAGAAGAAGAAGAAGAGCGUUCACAAAAAAUGACUCUUCGUUUUCUCUGUCCGCUAAACAUCGAGUGAAUUCGUCACUUUUUUUUCUUUUUUGUCAGGCAGCGACCGACGGACGAUAAUGUUGGCGUCACGUAGGUUCAUCUUCUCAGACUUUGGAAAACAAACCGGGUAUUGUCGGUGAAUCCUCGGGAGAUGGCAGAAUAGUUCGACCUGCGCCUGUUUCUGAGCCCCCCUUGUAAAGCACUUCUGAAGAGAUAGACCCCGAGGUCAACGAUGACGGCCGAGGGAGUGUUUCUUCUGGUUUUGAUCGUCAUUGUCUUUCCGUGUUCCAGCUUGGAAGGUGAUGUCAGCGUGAGAAGCUCUGAAUGUCUGUGUGACGGAGAGUCCUGCAGCAGUGGGAACAGGUGUCUCGGCCAGCAGUGCUUCACCUCUCUCUCUAUACUAAAUGGGACGUCGGUUCUUCAGAAGGGCUGCGUUGAGGCUAACGACGAAGGGUCCUCACGGUGUGGAAACCCACCAACACCAGAGCUGGUGGUAGAGUGUUGCUACGGGGAUUUGUGUAACAUGAACAUCUCCUUGCAGUCACCGGUGAAAGAUAUAGAAGUGUCUGCUGCCAGACCGGUCCUCAGGGAGCAGUUCUGUGUGUGCGAGGGCGGCGUGUGUGAGCGUGACCAUCGCUGCACAGGCCAGCAGUGUUUCUCCUCUCUGAAGAUGAUUGAUGGGGCGGCCGUCCAACAGAAGGGCUGCCUGAGGGACGACGAGGAGGGCAGAGCCACCUGUGCCACGCCACCCUCAUCGGCCCAUGUUGUCAAGUGCUGCCAGGGCCAUCUGUGUAACAUGAACGUCACUGUGCAAGCUCCAGGGAAAGAGGAGGAAGUGAAGCCCCUGAUCAAAGAGGAGCACGAGUGUGUAUGUGAGGGCAGCACAUGUGCAACAGGGAAUCGCUGUAUGGGCCAGCAGUGCUUCUCUUCUCUGACAGUCAGCGCCGGCUUACUGUUGUACCAGAAAGGCUGCUUUAAGAUCUACGAGCAGAGCACGAUGACCUGCAAGACCCCGCCUUCCAGAGACCAGAUUGUGGAGUGCUGCCACGGGCACCUGUGUAACAUGAACAGCACUGUGCAGCUUCCUGUCAAAGCUGACGAGGUGUCUAACUACAGCGUGACCACACUGGCUAUCGUCAUCGUGGCACCAAUCAUCGUCCUCAUCGUCCUCUCUGCCAUCGCCAUCCUGGUGUUCAGACGCAUCCACAACAACCAGAUGGAGAGGCUAACAUCACGAGAUGCCGAGUAUGGAACUAUCGACGGCCUCAUAGCAUCCAACGUGGGGGAGAGCACUCUGGCGGAUCUGCUGGAUCACUCCUGCACUUCAGGAAGUGGCUCAGGACUCCCGUUCCUCGUUCAGAGAACCGUUGCACGACAAAUCACACUCAAUGAGUGUGUGGGUAAGGGUCGCUAUGGUGAAGUAUGGAGGGGUCAGUGGCAGGGAGAAAGUGUUGCAGUCAAAAUCUUCUCCUCCAGAGACGAAAAGUCCUGGUUCAGAGAGACGGAGAUCUACAACACAGUGCUGCUAAGACAUGAGAACAUCCUGGGCUUCAUAGCGUCAGACAUGACCUCGAGAAACUCCAGCACUCAGCUGUGGCUGAUCACUCACUUCCAUGAGAUGGGCUCCUUGUACGACUACCUUCAGCUCAGCACCCUGGAUGCUUCCAGCUGCCUCCGCAUGGCGCUUUCCAUUGCCAGCGGCUUGGCACAUCUCCAUGUCGAAAUCUUCGGCACUCAGGGCAAACCGGCUAUCGCCCACCGAGACUUGAAGAGCAAGAAUAUAUUGGUCAAAAAGAACGGACAGUGCUGCAUUGCUGACCUUGGUCUGGCUGUCAUGCAUUUUCAAGACACCAACGAGUUGGAUGUGGGGAACAAUCCUAAGGUGGGCACAAAGCGCUACAUGGCCCCUGAAGUGCUUGAUGACUCAAUCCAGAUGGACUGCUUUGAGUCCUACAAGAGGGUGGACAUCUGGGCCUUGGGCCUCGUCCUGUGGGAGAUUGCCAGGAGGACAGUCAGCAACGGUAUUGUAGAAGACUACAAGCCACCUUUUCACGAUGUGGUCCCAAGUGAUCCCAGUUUUGAGGAUAUGAAGAAGGUUGUGUGUGUGGACCAGCAGAGGCCCAAUAUCCCAAACAGAUGGUUCUCAGACCCAACUUUAACUUCCAUGGCUAAACUCAUGAAGGAGUGCUGGUACCAGAAUCCUUCGGCCAGAUUAACGGCGUUACGCAUCAAAAAGACUCUGACAAAGAUCGACAACUCUCUGGACAAAAUCAAAACGGAUAUUUGAGUCCGCCUCGAGAGGAAGAGGCAGAAGUACUAAAAGACUUUGAAGACAUCCAGAGGGUGGACCAUCUUAGAGAAAAUCUUAAAAAGACAAAAGACUUGAUGGGUUCGGUGCCCUUAUAGUGGCACAGACCUGUAUUUAUUUUAAAAACACUUGGCGGGACACAUUUUGGCAUCCAAAGAUGGCCGACUGGGCAUUUUUGAGACUGCCAAUGGCCUUGGAAAUAGGAAAAUAUCUAUUCGACUCAUGACAUAGGGGCUGGACUGUUAGAAACGUUCUUCAAGGAAGAAUCUGUUACCCGGGCAUUUGAGUAGGAUCGCUUUUGUUAAAGCCGCAGAUUCAGUUUGACACAUGUUUUAGUUUGAAUGUCUGAGCAUAUUAGCAGUUUCACUUUCUCUCUUCUAUCGUACCGCAAUCGUUCAUUUAUGGCGAAUUCUUUUGGAAAAGAUUUCAACUUGCCAAUUUAAUCUUGUUAAACAGUGAUCACAGCAAGCAGUGUUACGUUUUACUUUUGUGUGUCGCGCACCUGUGUUUACAGUGCUGUCGGAACAAAUCUCAACAAUCCUGUAACGUUCUGUUGUACGGGUGCAUCAACGGCACUGUUCUUUUUCCUGAGAUGUCGUCCGACUGAAGGUACUCUGUUGCAGACCUUUUGUAUAUCACCAUGGAUUUUACAUCAAAUUAUGUACCUGUUCUAUGUUUGUUUCUUCAGCUUUACAGAGACAAAUGCUAAAAGAACAAAUAAAAUAUCUGCUAGAUGACGCUGAACUCUAUUCCUCCAGAGGGCCUGUAAGUAAAGUCUGGAAGCCUGUAUACUGUCUUAACGCGUGCAUUGUUGUCUUAAUGCGUGCAUUGUCAAGUAAAUGAAGUCAAACUUCAGCCUUUUUUAUUUCUUUAACAUUUUAUAUCAAUUAGUGAUUUAUAUUAAUUAAAUAGAAAAACAUGUGGUU